GUUCGCUCCAUAGCUCCUGCGCAGCUAGCUUCCCGGUCUCUCUUCCCCAGCCAUUUCUUGCUCUAACCAUUCGGUUUGAUCCAAUUCUCAACGGUAUUGCGAUUACGGCGGCGACGGAAGCGGCCAUGGACGAGCAGUGAAUGAUCGGGCAGCCUUCCCCUACCCUGAGCCUCGGCCUCAACCUCGGCCGGCCGACGGCGCGGCGCGCGGUGACCACCAAGGUCCUCGUGGAGGAGGACUUCAUGUCCGUCAAAAAAAGCCACGAGGUUGAGGCGCUGGAAGCCGAGCUCCGGCGGGUGGGCGAGGAGAACAGGCGGCUCGGCGAGAUGCUCCGCUCGCUCGUGGCUAAGUACGGUGAGCUGCAGGGCAAGGUCACCGGCAUGAUGGCGGCCGCGGCGGCCACCCAGCAGCACCAGUCGUCCACGACUUCGGAGGGCGGCUCGGCGGCCUCUCCGUCCAGGAAGCGCGUCCGCAGCGACAGCCUCGAAACCCCUCUAAGCGCGUCCGCCGGCCUCACACGUAUUUCCUCGAACACCCUGCGGGCGUGCGUGAGGGGAGGCCGACGGCGACCGUGGCGCGGCAGCCGACGCGCGCGCGGGCUCCUCCCGGCGAGGCGCGUGGCGGCCAGGGAGGCGACGCGAGGGAGGCGAGGGAGGGAGAGGAGGGGGUGCUCACCUCGGUGA